AUGACGUCUUGGUUACUCAUCUUCUCAUCCCUUCUGGACUACACAGUUCUGAGGUCGGAGCUGGCUGCAGGAAAGGCCCUGGGCUUCUCCGGUCCCCGAGAGCCACCAAUGCUGCAGCAGGUGGCGCCGCCCAAAGGUCUGGAACCUGCGAAGCUGGUCUCUUCCUCUUGCUCUUUGCAGAAGAUUCUGCAGUGCAGCUGCUCCUUCCAUGGGGUUCCCGCACCCUCUGUACAGUGGUGGUUGGAAGGUGAUAUCCUUGGUAUAGACAACCCCCAGGUGACUUCUACCAUCCUUGCCCCCUGGAGCAACACCACCAUCAGCCUGACCGAGAUGCCAGACAUGGGCACACCCCUUCUCUGUGAGGGGAAGAACGACUAUGGAAACCAUUCUAUGAAUAUCAUACUGAUGUCAAUAAAGAGUCCUUUGGCUACCCAGAAUUUCAUCAGCGGGCUCUUCCAGGGCCUUGUCUAUGGAGUCAUUGCAACUACUGUGCUCUUUCUCUGCCUCAUCCCACUCAUAGUGAACCACAUCAAAAAGACUCUGUCAAAGAAAAUUGCCGUGAUCAAGGCAGAAAUGAGCCCUUCAGAAUCCAACAUGGCUCUGAAUCCCGAGGAACCAGGAAAAUCCACAAUCAUGCCGUCUUCUGGGAGCCAGCGUGUGGUGGGGUUACUUUCUCCUGCUUUGAUGGGAGCCACGAAGAUACCAGUGAAAGAGAACCUGUGCACCACAGUCCCCUGCAGAUUAGCAUUUCCCAAAGAACCUCUGGGCAGUUCCGUGAUCAUGGGCUACUGGCUCAACAAAAACAUCAGCGCCCCUGUAGCCACCAAUAAGUCCAAUGUUAUCAUAGAUGACCACAGCAACGGGAGAUUCCACAUCCUUUGGAAUCUUGAAGAACGAGACUGUACCCUGCUGAUCCGCAAUGCCCUCAAAAGGGACAACGCGACAUACUUGUCCCCUGCAGAUCUUCAUGAACAAAAGGCUGCUUUCCUGCGGGAGAACAUCACACUCUUCCUGUCAGAUAUUCCUAUGGCCAGAGCGUCUGUGACCUUGACCUGCACCAUCAGAAGCUCCUGCAUAGAAGCCAAAGCCCGUUUCCUCUCCUGGAAAGAACCUGCCAUGUCCUUCAACCCCAAAGGCUCCAGAAACUCCUCCGUCUCUUCUUCCAUGCUGCACUUCACACCAAAGCCUAAGGACCAUGGCGCCGCACUGCAAUGUUACUUGAACUUCCCUCUAUCUAACUCGACAGCUGUCAAGUUCCCAAUGAUCAUACCCGCCACGCUGUCCCGUUACGUGUGUUCCUUGAAGAAGAAGCCGCAGUGCAACUGCUCUUUCUAUGGUAUCCCCACACCCGUCGUGCAGUGGCUUAUGGGAGGUGUUCCUGUGAGACUGAAAAACAUGAGUGGCGCCUUCCAGGUGGCGACCACCAUAGCUGCCCCCUGGGCCAACAGCACCAUCGAGUUCAUUGGGAAGCCAGAAACAGUCAUGAGCCUUCACUGCGAGGGGAAGAACAAAUAUGGAAUCCAAGAGGCCAGCAUCUUCCUGGUACCAGAUGAAAGAUCAGAUUCCAUAUUGUUUGUGAAAGGGCUGAUCCAGGGCAUCGUGUAUGGAGUCAUUAUUCCAGCACUAUUCUACUUCUUCCUUGUCCUUCUUGUAAUCAGGAUUCUUAAGUGGUGGGUGAAGCGUCAGAUCCCCAAGGAGGAAGAGGCCCUGAUCCUCAAGAAGCCAGAGCUGCUGGAGGAGCCAGAAAGGUCCAAGGAGACUAAAGACGCAACCUCCCCGAGCUGGGCCAGAGAGAAGUCCCUGGAGCGGCUGGAGCCCAGGCCGUCCACCAGCCAGGCGGCUGCACUGCUGCGGCCCUCGGCGGGCACUCUUUAG